ACAUUUUACUGGAAACGGGACGCAUCCGGAGGAGGAGCCCCCGGGGAGGCGGCCCCGACACCGUCAGUGGCCCGGCCGGGCUCGGGGGAGGCAGGCGAGGCGGCGGCCCCUUCUCCCCGCCCCUGGAGGCCGGUUAAAUAGCCGGGCAGCCCCGGGCCGCGCCCGUGCCCGCGCCGUCCUCCCGUCGGUCGGUCCCCGAGUCCGUCAGAGCCAGAGCCACAGCCAGGAGGCAGCCGCGCGCAACGAGCCGGUGGCGCAGGAGUCUGGGUCCCCGAGCGCCCAGCCCGGGAGCAUGAUCGUGGACAAGCUGCUGGACGACAGCCGCGGCGGAGAGGGGUUGCUGGACAGGGCUGGCGACGGUGGCCUCAUGACCAGCCCGCUGAACCUGGCCUAUUUCUACGGCGCAUCGCCGCCAGCCGCGGCCCCGGGCGCUUGCGACGCCAUCUGCUCGGCGUCGGGGCCCUCGGCGCCCGGCUCGCCCGGCUCCGACUCCUCCGACUUCUCCUCCGCCUCGUCCGUGUCCUCCUGCGGGGCUGUGGAGUCCCGGCCGAGAGGCGGCACGCGCGCGGAGCGGCUGCAAGUUGAACCCCAUAUGGGCGUUGGAAGGCAGCAGAGAGGACCCUUUCAAGGCGUUCGUGUGAAGAACUCAGUGAAGGAACUACUGCUGCAUAUCCGAAGUCACAAACAGAAGGCUUCUGGCCAAGCUGUGGAUGAGUUUAAGACACAAAGUGCAAACAGAGAGCAAUUCACAGAAUUGAAGAACACGGUAACAUAUAGUGGAAAAAGGAAAGGACCUGAUUCGCUGUCUGAUGGACCAGCUUGCAAAAGGCCAGCUUUAUUACAUACCCAGUUUUUGACACCACCUCAGACACCAACACCUGCAGAGAGCAUGGAAGAUGGUCAUCACAGCGAACCCAGACAGGACAGUGGUGCCGAUCUGCUUCAGAACAUCAUCAACAUCAAGAAUGAAUGCAGCCCGGUUUCCCUAAAUACUGUCCAGGUUAGCUGGAUGAGCCCUGUGGUGGUUCCGCAGGGCUCCCCGCGAGAACAGUGUCAGGACUUCCACGGAGGGCACAUCUUCUCGCCAGCUCAGAAGUACCAACCCUUCCAAGUCAGCGGCUCCCCACACAUGAUGGAUCAGACAGCACUGUACCAGUAUUCGCCACAGAGCCAGAGCUUGCCGCAGCCACCGCCGCCGCAGCACUACACCCCCAACCCAGCUCUGGAAUACGGUCCUUAUUCCAGAACUUCCCAGUCCCCCAGUUAUGAACCAAACCUCUAUGAUGGUCAAGAACCACAGUUCUGCCCAGAUCAAAGUUUUGCAUCCCUUCUAAAUAGUCGGGAAUCUGAGAAUAUUGCUGUUCCCAUUCAGAACUCCCCCAGUGUUCAGCAACAAAAUGAUUCCCACCUGCAAAACUUCAAUAUGAUGCCCCCCAGUGCCUGCGAGGCCAUGGUGGCCCAUGAUGCAGGCUCUGCCCCUCUAAGCACUUCACUGCCAUUCCCGAACAUCAUCGGAAAUCCAGUGACCACCACACAAUUAGGGAAGUCAUUUUUUCAGUGGCAAGUAGAACAGGAAGAAAGCAAAUUGGCAAACAUCUCCCAAGACCAGUUUCUUUCAAAGGAUGCAGAUGGUGACACGUUCCUCCAUAUUGCUGUUGCCCAAGGGAGAAGGGCACUUUCCUAUGUCCUUGCAAGAAAAAUGAAUGCGCUUCACAUGUUGGAUAUUAAAGAGCACAACGGACAGAGUGCCUUUCAGGUGGCAGUGGCUGCCAAUCAGCAUCUCAUUGUGCAGGAUUUGGUGAACCUUGGGGCCCAGGUGAAUACCACCGACUGCUGGGGAAGAACUCCUCUGCAUGUCUGUGCUGAGAAGGGUCACUCCCAGGUGCUCCAGGCAAUUCAAAAGGGAGCAGUGAAGAGCAAUCAGUUUUUGGAUCUUGAGGCGACUAACUAUGACGGCCUGACUCCUCUCCACUGUGCGGUUGUGGCCCACAAUGCUGUGGUGCACGAGCUUCAGAGAAAUCAACAGCCCCAUUCACCUGAAGUUCAGGAGCUUUUACUGAAGAACAAGAGUCUGGUUGACACCAUUAAAUGUCUGAUUCAGAUGGGAGCAGCAGUGGAAGCUAAGGAUCGUAAAAGUGGUCGCACAGCCUUGCAUUUGGCAGCGGAAGAAGCAAAUCUGGAACUCAUUCGCCUUUUUUUGGAGCUGCCCAGUUGCCUGUCUUUUGUGAAUGCAAAGGCGUACAACGGAAACACUGCCCUCCAUGUUGCUGCCAGCCUUCAGUACCGGGUGACACAGUUGGAUGCAGUCCGACUGUUGAUGAGGAAGGGAGCAGACCCAAGUACUCGGAAUUUGGAGAAUGAACAGCCAGUGCAUCUGGUUCCUGAUGGCCCUGUGGGAGAACAGAUCCGACGUAUCCUGAAGGGAAAGUCCAUUCAGCAGAGAGCUCCACCAUAUUAGCUCCAUUGACUUGGAGCCUGGUCGGCAACACUCACUGUCAGUUAGGCAGUCCUAAUGUAUCUGUACAUAGACCAUUUGCCCUGUAUUGGCAAAUGUAAGUUGUUUCUAUGAAACAAACAUAUUUAGUUCACUAUUAUAUAGUGGGUUAUAUUAAAGGAAAAGAAGAAAAAUAUCUAAUUCCUCUUGGCAGAUUUUAAUAUUUCAUACCCAGGUAUCUGGGAUCUACACAUCUGAAUUUAAUCUUGAAUGGUAAAAUCAACUUCAAUUAACAGUAGCUUUUGGGUAGGACAAGGCUUUGAUUUGUGGCAUAAGGCAUUGCUCAUGUAGCUAUUGCCAGUUUAAAAGCAGGUAAAGUGUAAACAUUUUUUAAAGGAAAAUGAAAGCAUUUGAAAGGAAAAAAACAAAUCUGGAUGUAGUCUUGAGGCUUCAUUUGGCCCGAUGCAGUACCUGAUAGUUGUUAUUGGUGUUGGAAAGUGUCUAGGCGUUGGGCUAGGUGAAAUGUACCAUGGUUAAAAUUUGAUUUUUGCAAAUUGUAUAUAAUUGUUGUUUUUGUCUUUUAAAGUAUUUGUACAUAGCUGGUCAUUGACGUGGCCACAUUUGAAAUGUAAAUCGAUAAAAUAGAAAAGAACAAGUGAGUUGUCCCUAUUUAAAAAAAAAUUAUGCACAUUGAAAAGAGCUGUGUAAUCACCCAUUUACCAUCUCCGUAGAUGAAGCAGAUGGAGAGUUGUUCUCCUGGUGGCUGACAGAGCUCUGCUUGAGUUGUAAAUAUGCUUUUACUCAUGCAUGGAGAUGAGACACAUUAUUUGUAAGGAAUUGCAUGCUCUUAAAGAGAACACCUCUUUGUGGCUCACUUUCUAGAGUUUAUAAUUUAUUUGUUGGAAUUUUGUUUUACCUUUAUAGGAACAUCAAAAAGGAACAUGAAACAUGAAAAAGUCAAGACAUGAAACAUGUCUUACUGCUUUUCUGUUGUCAAAGAAUGAUAACACCAUGAUGUUUUAUAUUACCAUUCAGAAAAAAAGGUCUUAUUUUUUAGUAACCUUGAUUCUAUUAAUAUUAUUUUGCUUACCUCUGGCAUACCCCAAGGAAUGUAGUUGGCUUUGAUGGCACACUAAUUCACUGUAAUAAAUUUGAUUCAUUAAAAACCUCUUUUUUUUUAAAUGAGAAGUCCCACAAGCAACUGACUGAUGAAUCGUCUUCGUAGCUAAAUCCUUUUCAGAAAGUUCACCUUUGGAUUGAUCACCCUGUUUGACCCAGUAUGUCUUGUGGACAAAACCUAGUUACAGUUAUUUGGGAUCUGUAAAUACAGCUGUGAUGUGAACUCAUGGAAAAACUCAUGCAUGGUUUUAAAUAAACGUUAAUUCAAUAAUA